AAAUGUACAAUCCGUACGGAAACGCCGCUGCUGAUUUGCAGCAGAACCUGCCUCAACAGAACCAAUACCAGUUCCAGGCUCAGCAGAGAUCAGGUUUACAACAACAACCAGCCAACUUGCAAUAUCCCCAACCCCAACACCCUACCUUCCAGCAGAACCAGUUUGGCUUACAAAACCAACAACACCAACAAAACCAACAUCAACCUCCUGCAGCAGGUGCUGCCAACCCAAACGUCUACGCUAACUUUUUCAAUGAUCCGGCUACGUCGCUUGCUUCUCAGUUUGCGCGCAGUGGAUUCGAAUCUUCCAACCAGUACUUGCAACAGAAUUUCGGUUCCUUCAUUCCAGGUACAUCCGACCUCAAAUACUACUUCCAGGUCAGUAACUCGUAUGUAACCCGUAAGAUCUUGCUCGUACUAUUCCCGUACAGAAAUAAGAACUGGAACCGUUUAACCAGCCAGGAGGCUACCGGUGACCCUUCACCUAACGGCCAGACUCUGUAUGCUCCACCAAGCCACGACGUGAACGCCCCAGACUUGUAUAUUCCGUUGAUGUCGUUUGUAACGUACAUUUUACUCUGGGCUGCAUUCCAGGGAUUGAACGAGAAGUUCCAUCCCAAGUUGUUUGGCUACUUGGCCUCGCAGACGCUAGCCUUCUCUGUUGUAGACAUCGCCUUCUUUAAGAUCGGGUUGUACUUAUUGAAUUGCUCGCAAUCCUCGAUGUGGGACCUUGUCGCAUUUUCCAGUUACAAAUACGUAGUCAUCAUCGUCUUGUUGUGCUGGAAACAUCUCGUGGGAAACGGCUGGGUUUCCUACUUCCCCGUAGUUAUUGUAUUGACCAUCAACUUAGCUGUAUUCUUGAUGAGAUCAUUGAAGUUCUUGGUGUUGCCCAAUUCCAGUGCCACUGCAAACAGUGUCACCGUGAACCAGAGAAGAAUUAGAGUGCAGUUCUUGUUCGUCUACUCGGUCAUUGUCCAGGGUCUUAUUAUCUUGUACAUGAGUCGGUAGGAGAUUUUUCGAAAGCAACCUGAUCAUUACAACACAUUAACUACUAUUCAUGGUCUUGUUUAGUAUAUAGAUGAAUAAAUAUUUAUAAUAAAAAAUCCUUAAUAG